UCAAUACUGUCCAAAGUCGCAGAAAUUCCCGGCGAAUCAAAGGCCGGAUAUAUAAAAUGAAAAGCAAACCUAUCUCCCGUGAUGGAGAAGGAGAACUCCUUCAAGGGCUCCUCGUCAAUUUCAGAAGAGAGACAGAUUCAAUGAGCCACCUCUGAAUCUUGAAACUUCACGCUGUCUCUCUCUCUCUCUCGAUCUGCAGCGAAAAUGUACAUGGCAUAUGGCUGGCCUCAGGUCAUGCCUAUUGAAUCUGGCCUCUGCCCCACUUCUCUACGGAUCGUCUAUCUCAAGGUUCUCAAUCGCCUCCUUCUUGUUGUCUCUCCUUCUCACCUCGAGUUAUGGAGUUCGUCUCAGCAUAAAGUGAGAUUGGGCAAGUACAUACGAGAUCUGAACUCAGUUCAGAGUGAGGGAGAGAAUUUGCAGGCGAUAUGGAGUCCUGAUGCCAAAAUGAUCGCUGUUCUUACAACCUCUUUCACUCUCCAUAUCUUCAGGGUACAGAUUUCCGAGAAACAACUAAUGCUUGGGGGGAAUCAACCUUCUGGCCUGUCCCUUGCAACUAUAAAUCUAGUUUUCAGCGGGAGAGCUCCCUUUUUUGGCAAGAAAUUGACAGUAAGCAACUUUGUGUGUGAUAGCAGAAGCAUCUGUCUUGGACUUUCAGAUGGUGUUCUAUAUGUCACAUCCUGGAAAGGAGAGUUUUCAGACACAUUCAAACUUCAUACCCAUACUGUUGUUGCUCAAGACUCACAUCAAUUGCUGCAGAACGGUUUUUCCACUCCUGAUGGGAUUUCGCAGGUUUCAGCAUCCAGUUUUCGUUCCUCCAGUGACUCUGCUAUUGUUCAACUUGAGUUGUCAUUGCUAUUGAGGUUAUUAGUUGUCAUAUGUUCUGAUGGGCAAGUUGCACUAUGUUCAUUAAGUAAGAAGGGACUAAAGCAACCAGAUUCCAUUAAGGUCGAAAAGUGGUUAAGUCAUUGUGAUGCAGUUUGUGCUUCCAUUGCUUCGGAACAGCAAAUCCUAGCAAUAGGUUGCAGAAGGGGAGCUGUUGAACUAUAUGACCUGGCAGAUAGUGCAUCACUGAUGCGGACAGUUGCCUUGUAUGAUUGGGGCUAUUCUGUGGAGGAUACUGGUUCAGUGAAUUGUUUAGCCUGGACUCCAGAUAAUUCUGCUUUUGCUGUUGGAUGGAAAUUCAGAGGUCUUACGGUGUGGUCCAUAUCUGGGUGUCGAUUGAUGUGCACUAUUCGUCAGAUUGGGAUCAGCUCUGCUUCUUCUCCGAUGGUUAAAGCAAACCAAGAUUUUAAAUGCGAGCCGAUGGCAAAUGGAGUUGCAUUUGCACACUGGGAUGAGCAUGGAUAUAAACUUUAUGCUGUUGAACAGAGGACAACAGAUAGGAUACUUGCAUUUCCCUUUGGUAAAUGCUGCCUUAAUAGAGGCAUCUGUGGCACUACAUAUGUUCGCCAAAUUAUUUAUGGCGAAGACAAAGUCCUAGUUGUGCAAUCAGAGGAUACCGAUGAACUUAAAUUUUUGCAUCUUAAUCUUCCAGUAUCUUAUAUUUCCCAGAAUUGGCCAGUUUUACAUGUAGUGGCUAGCAAAGAUGGAAUGUACUUGGCCAUUGCAGGUUCACGGGGCCUGAUCCUGUAUGAUUUGCGUUACAAAAAAUGGCGUGUAUUCGGCGAUAUUACGCAGGAGCAAAUGAUUCAAUGCAAGGGCUUGCUAUGGUUGGGGAAGAUUGUUGUCGUUUGCAACUAUAAUGAGUCUUCUAAUUCGUAUGAGUUGCUCUUUUAUCCAAGGUAUCAUCUUGAUCAGAGCUCUUUGCUUUGUCGCAAAUCAUUGCUGGGCAUGCCUGUCGUUAUGGAUGUUUGUGAUGACUAUGUACUUGUCACAUAUCGUCCCUUUGAUGUUCAUGUUUUUCAUGCAAAGCUCUUGGGCGAGUUAUCACCUUCUAUGAAUCCUGUUUUACAGCUUUCUACAGUCCGAGAGCUUUCCAUCAUGACAGCAAAGAAACAUCCUGCUGCAAUGCGUUUUAUUCCUGAUCCUCUGUUAAAAGACAGUAUAACAAACAAGAACCAGUCAUCUCCUUCAGAUCCCUUGUACAGGCAACCCACAAGGUGUUUGAUUUUGCGCACAAAUGGGGAACUUUCUUUGCUAGAUUUGGAUGAUGGUAGUGAGCGUGAGCUUACCAAUUCUGUUGAACUUUUCUGGGUUACUUGCGGACAAUCAGAGGAGAAAGCAAAUCUUAUUGAAGAAGUUUCUUGGUUGGAUUAUGGUCACCGUGGAAUGCAGGUCUGGUAUCCUUCUCCUGGAGUUGACCCUUUCCAACAGGAGGAUUUUUUGCAGUUGGAUCCAGAGUUAGAAUUUGAUCGGGAAGUUUACCCUCUAGGGCUUCUUCCUAAUGCUGGAGUUGUCGUUGGUGUCUCCCAAAGAAUGUCUUUUUCAGCAUGCUCGGAAUUUCCUUGCUUUGAGCCUACUCCUCAAGCUCAGACAAUUUUGCAUUGUUUACUGCGACAUCUUCUUCAGAGGGACAAGAGUGGGGAAGCUUUGCAAUUGGCACGUUUAUCAGCUGAGAAACCUCAUUUUUCUCAUUGUUUGGAGUGGCUUCUAUUCACUGUCUUUGAUGCUGAAAUAUCCAGGCAAAAUAUGAGCAAGAAUCAGUCAUCAGGUCCCCAACAGUCCAUGGGUUCCUCUCUUUUGGAGAAAACAUGUGAUUUGUUACAGAACUUCCCAGAAUAUCUGGAUGUAGUUGUAAGUGUUGCAAGGAAGACUGAUGGGAGACACUGGGCUAACCUUUUUGCUGCAGCUGGAAGAUCUACAGAACUAUUUGAGGAAUGCUUCCAACGUCGUUGGUAUCGCACUGCAGCUUGUUAUAUACUUGUAAUUGCAAAGCUUGAAGGGCCUGCUGUGAGCCAAUACAGUGCCUUGCGCUUAUUACAGGCAACAUUGGAUGAAUCUUUAUAUGAACUUGCUGGAGAGCUGGUUCGAUUUUUGCUGCGAUCUGGAAGAGAUUAUGAUCUUUUAUCUGCAGAAUCUGAUAGGCUCUCACCAAGAUUCCUAGGUUCUUUCCUUUUCCGCCCUAGCUUUCGGAAACAGGACCUGAGAAGCAAUAGUUUUUCUAAUAGGGAGCAAAGUGCACACAUUGCUUCUGUUAAGAACAUUCUUGAGAACCAUGCGAGCUACCUGAUGUCUGGAAAAGAACUCUCCAAGCUUGUUGCAUUUGUAAAGGGCACACAAUUUGAUUUGGUGGAGUACCUGCAAAGGGAACGCCGUGGGAGUGCUCGUCUGGAAAAUUUUGCUUCAGGACUGGAGCUCAUUGGUCAGAAGCUUCAAAUGGAUACUCUACAGAGUCGGUUAGAUGCUGAGUUUCUGCUUGCACAUAUGUGUACAGUCAGUUUUAAAGAAUGGAUUGUGGUACUUGCUACUCUUUUACGACGGGCAGAGGUUUUGGUCGAUCUUUUCCAAGAUGACAUGCUUGCUCUUGGUCAACUUCCCCAUGAAAACAAGUGGUUUAAAAAAGGUGGCUCGAACUCCGUUUUUGCUGAGUACGAUGAUCUGCUGAAUAUCUUGGAAGAACAGCUUUCUCAUGUUCCAAGUUUGGAGAGGAAUUCAGAUAUCUAACAAGAUUCCUGUGAGUUUGUGCUUACAUAUAUUCUCUCAGUUAGGCAUGUAUCAUAAUCAUGUAAGAAUGGCAUUGAGUCCUCAAUGCAGUCGCAUCUUCUUGUUCUUAUGGUCUGUUGGCUGGAUCUCCUGUCAAGUCGUUCUGAGAUGAGACUUGCGGAUUAGGUUUUGCCUGUAAAAUCUUUAUUAGCACCUCGAGAGUUGCCCAAAAUGCCCUCAGCAAAUGUGCAGAGAAGCAGGGUGGCUUAAUUGAACAAAUUGAUUACCUACCGUCAAUGGGAAAUUUUGUUCAUGCUCAUCAAAUCAUUGAUAUUUUGUCGGGUGUUUCUUUGGGUGAGAUGUGGGAAUUAUGUAGUUUGUGAGAAGUCAGCUGCCUUUGUUUUGCGGGGAGAUGAUUUGAUUAGGCUGGGUCUCAUGGCGCCCAUUUCGUGAUCAUUCCAAGAAUGUGAGAAGCACAGGUAUUCAAAAGACUCAUGCGUGCUCAUGCACCUGCACAACUGCUCGGCUUGUCCUCAAUCACAUGUAACUGGUAGCAAAGAUCAGGUUACAAGCAUGAGUUCUUAAGAUCCAAUUGGAGUAAUUAAUUUAUUGGACAGAGUAGGCAGAUAAGGACACAUGACUACAUGAACACCUACGACAAGCUCAUGGCCAUUCAACUCCUAUCCACGAUUGCACACACAUGGAUACACAACUCCUUAGGGUUUUUCAUGGUUAAUUAAAACUCGUAUUCAUAGUGCAAUUCUUCUGCUGAAUAUGUAUAAUAUGCUGCCCCACAAAAAUCUCUAGACAUUGAACUUUGUUUGAUUGAUCCAUUUGUUCUCUAUUAGACCCAAUCUUAGAUGAAUGGUGGGUAUUGCCGUGCUGUAAGGUACAAGAGUUUAUUGCAUCUAAAACUAUAUUUUCACACUUCAAUGCUGGCCACUGGCUGUAUCUAUGCAAAGUUGUUCAAUGCAUCGAGUUUGUUUUCAUUA